AUGGGGAAAUGCAACACCUUUUAUGAAAAGCACGAAGAAUAUGUAAGUGGACAAUUUGAAAAAUUAGGAAGUUUUAUAUCGAGACAUCCGGUAAAAAUACUCGUUAUUUGUUUAACAGUAAAUCUGGCUUUAGUGAUUGGUGUAUUAAAUCUGUCUUUCGAAAAUGAUAUUGAGAUCAUGUACACACCGGAGAACAGUCAGGCAUAUAAAGACCGAGAGUUCCUAAGAAAAGUCUAUUCUGAUCCAACAACAGAUAAUUUCCAGUCUUAUCAGCUAGCAACAUUUGGGAUAUUUGCUGACAUAAUGGUUAUUUCAAAGGAUAAGUUAAACAUUAUGAACCAGACUUAUGUUGAUGAAAUAAAUCACAUUGAUAGAUACAUCCAAACUUCCAUAAAUUUUACGGAUGCAAGUAACACAACUUACAAAUACACUGAUAUUUGUGCAUUAGGCAAUACUGGGUGCCAAGUUCUUGGUAGAGGUAUUCUGAUGGCAAAUUUCCAGAAAGAAUUGGUUGCCGGAAAUGUAUCUUUUCCUUAUUUCAACAUGGACCUGAUUUCCCCUUUCCUUGCAAAGGCUGAACAUAAGGAUGGAAGACUUAUUUCUACAAUCGGGAUAAAAUUACGAUAUUACCUUAGACAAAAUACAUCACUGUCCAAAGAGUGGUUAAGAACUUUUUUAAAAUGCAUAUCGCAAUUACAAACCAAAAACAUGGACAUUGCAUUUGCAACCUCAGAUUCACUAGGUGAAGAACUUGAAAAAAAUGUGAAAAGUGAUGUCGGAUAUUUCAGUAUAACAUUUUCACUGAUGAUAACAUAUGCUUGCCUAGCUUCAGGAUCAUUGAAAUGGAACAAUAUUGGAAAUAGGGCCAAUUUAGGAAUAGCGGGAGUGAUAACCCCAGUCUUAGGAAUUGGAUCUGCUCUUGGAUUUCUAAGUGCAGUUGGUGUCAAAUAUACAAGCAUUGUUGGAGUAAUGCCAUUUUUAGUCAUAGGAAUAGGCAUUGACGAUAUGUUUAUAUUGAUGACUGGAAUGGCAGAUGCACCACCUCUUACAACUGUCUCAGUAGAGGAGAGGAUGAAAUAUAUGUUCAAAAAGUGUGGAAUAACUAUCACAAUUACAUCCAUAACAGACCUCCUGGCAUUUUUAAUUGGCGCAACAUCUGUCUUCAUAAGCAUUAGAAAUUUCUGCAUUUAUAUAGGUGUUGCUGUGUUGUUUUGCUAUCUCAAUCAGUUAUUUUUCUUUUCCUCUGCCAUUUGCUUGAAUGAGAUCAGGACAAAAGAAAAGAGACAUUAUUAUUUGUGUUGUUUAAAGUUAAACCAGGAUGAGACAGAAGGCAAUAAGAAAAACUGUUGUUAUUCUGGAAGCAUCCCUAAGAAAAGAGAAGAUGUAGAGAGUCUUUUGGAAAAAUAUCCAAAACAAAUACCCAUCAAAUUGUUAUCUCAUAGUGCAGGAAAAUGUGCUGUAUGUAUUUUAUUUGUUAUAUAUUUAAGUCUGUCUAUUUUUGGGGCCACAAAUUUUAAGCAAGGUUUGCAUUUAUUUAAUUUGGUUGCUGAGGAUUCCUAUUUUUAUAAGUACAGCAAAUGGGAGGAUCAGUUUUUCACGGUAGAACCAGUUGUAAUGCUGUGUAUAAAACAAGAAGAGAAAUAUUCUCUUAAGUUUACUCAGAACAGUAUAACAGAUGUUUUAGCCAAAGCUAAGAAAUUAUCAGGUAUAGAUGAAAAGUUUGAAAUCAACUGGUUAAAACAUUAUGAAAAAUCUCUUUUAUAUAGUAAUAGAUCAGAGGCAGAAUUUGUGAAUGGUCUGCAUUCAUUUAUAAGAGAUGCAAGUACUUUUUCAAACGAUAUAUUUUUUGAUGCAAGUGGAACUAGAAUUCUGUCAUCUAAAUUUUAUCUAAAAUCCAAUAACUUGAAAACUAGUGAAUCUCAAGGAUCAUUGAUGCUUGAACUACGAGCAAUAUCAGAGGAAGCAAAAAUCUCCUGUUUUUUCUACAAUGCAGCUUUCAUUUUUUACGAACAGUUUGUUCAGAUACUACCAAGUACCUUACAAACAGUGGGUAUAGCCAUCAUUGCAAUGUUGGUUGUAACAUCCUUGCUGAUGCCAAAACCUUUGAUUGUUAGCAUUGUAGCCCUAAAUUUAAUUAGCAUAAUUGUUGGUGUGGUUGGUUUUAUGUACUUCUGGGAUCUUACAUUGAGUUCGAUCACAAUGAUCCAUCUUGUUAUGAGUGUUGGAUUUUCAGUGGAUUUCAGUGUACAUGUUUCUCAUGCAUUUUUGUCUGUCCGACAAGAAAAGAACAUAAUUAAAAGUGCUCUUGAUAAGGUUGGAGGACCUGUAAUUAAUGCUGCCCUGUCUUCUCUGAUUGGAAUCUCAAUGCUAGCUUUUUCCAGUAGCUAUGUGUUUGUCUCUUUUGGAAAAGUAAUGUUUCUUGUUAUCAUUAUAGGAUUACUUCAUGCAGUUUUUUUCCUUCCCUUUAUUUUAUAUAUGGUGACCAGUUUAGGGAGGAAGACACAACAUUCUUCAAGUAAUAUAAAAGAAGAAAUGGAAUCUGUAGAACUGAAAAAAAAAUGAAAUAUUUAAUGUAAAAUUCAGGAGAAACUUGUAAGGUUAACAUGCUCAUCCUGAUGGUUUACUCGUAAAUGUUCACGACUACAAUAGCAUUUACUCAGAGAAAUGUUGAGUAUUUUUAUUCUGUACAGAAUAAAACUGAAUUUCUAAUGGCACGUGCCAUUAGAAAUUCAGUUUAAUUCAUUUAUCAUAUCUUGAUUAAAUACAUGUUUUUGAUACAGUGAAAUAAAACAAUGUAUUUAGGCUAAAUUCAGCCAUGUAAAUGACAUCACAACGUAACUUUCUAAAUGGCCCUUACAGUUUUCUUUUCAUACAACAGAAAGUCUGAUCAUUUUACCAACUGCAUGUCAUGAAAAACCUGAGUGUCAAUUUAGGUUGUAUUUUCCCUUAGAACUCAAGAUCCAUCAGCCUCAUGGUUAUUAUUGUUGUCAUCUAAGGAUAAAGGAAAGCAAAUUUAAAUAUGUGUAAUUCUUGAAUGAAACUAACAGGCUUUUCUGUCUGUCAGUCCAUUUAGUUUCCAUUAAUUUUCUUUGCAGAGGUUGCACAUACUGAAUUUACAAAUUUUAACACCCGUAUCACACAGUGCAGAAUCGGUGUAUUUACUACUAAGUAUAUGAUAAACAAAUUUAUUAUACUUCUGUCAAAAUGUUUCCUAUAUAAAGUUAAGAAGGUAAAAUAGCUAUCUCAGAUAGUCCAAGCAUAGCAAAGCUAUACCCCGUUGUAUAGUUUUUGCUAUCUGCCCUCGGAAAAUUUUCAUGCAAUAUUUGCCACCAAUUUUGAUUUCCAGCGAUAAAUCUAUUGACUGAUGACUCAUAAUGACUUCAGUAGCAUUGUGACGUCAUCAUGAUGUCGGAUUAUUCUUGUAGUUUUAUCUUACUAAAAAAAAUUCAAACCUAAAAAAUUAUAUUAUACAUCAGUAUAAUAAAACAUUUAUCCACUGGUUGUGAGUGGGAUAGCUCUUUCAUCAAACCCUUGACAGGAACUAUUCCCCUCGGGCAAGC